AUGAGUCUUCCACAACUCGUUUCUCCUAUCAAUCCUCCACUGUCAAGUGGGUCUUCAUUCCGCCGCGCCAGCGACAUGCAACUCGACCAAUCGACGAAUGAUGGGCAACCUGGUCUUGUGGCGGUAACUGCAGCAACUUCGCUCGCCCCCUCAGCCGUAACCACCACAGCCAGCUUUCAUCUAAUAUCAGGCGCCCUCCUUUGUACCGCCAGACUAGCUCGCGUCUUUUGGCGCCAAGCACUGUUCGUACGUGAGUCAAAUUCAGAACUACUUUUUGAUGCAAGGUCGGGUUUGGAGUCUGGAUUCUGGGCUCGAAAGGCCGCGCGGCGCUUAGGUGGCUGGAUGGUGGAUGUCGCAACUGCGGGUCUCACCUCAAUUUGGACUGGCCUUGGGGAAAUUAGUCGCGGUCAGCUCCUGGGGAGUGACCGAUCUGCUGGCCUGAGAAAAGCAGCUGGGUCUGCUUAUCCUUCUGAGCUAGUGAGUUCUUCAUUGAAUAACUGUAUGUCUAAUUUUAAGCUGGACACUCGAAUUGGUGCAUGUGAUUUGAUCUGGCUUGGUCAACGGCUUGCAUACUUGCAAAACCUAUUUGAACGUCAGCUCACCCUUCGGGACGGUCUUCUUCGCAGCUUACCUGGCAUGGCGGCUGCCUCCAAUCUGCCUAGUAAUAGUCUAUCCUCUUCUUCACAUCAAUUCGGCUUACUUUCUGGUCGUAGGCCGUCUCCAGUAGGGGAGACUAAUACGGCCCGCCUCAUGGGGAACUUGGGUCCCUCCUGGCGACAGGGUCUCGGUGCGAGAGAUCCACUGACAGGCCGACUACAUUUCAGCUCAACUCCCGCACCUGGAACUCCGGUCACAUUUUAUCCGCCCGAUACAGCUGUUUUAUUGCAUAGACUGGCUGAAGAUGGUGUCUCUCUAAUGAAGGCCUGUUGUGAAGUAGUCGGUCUGUGGAGUAUUCUGGGUGACUAUGACAUUCCUGCGAUUGCCAGCCGGCUUUCUCCAGUAGACUGCGAUUUGCUCUGCUCAGUGCCGGUGGAAGCUUUCGUCGUCACCUAUCAGAACUCUGCUUCUUGCUUUGGUGGAUCGAGUUCCGGCGAGGGGGCUGCCUCUCCCUCUGUAGGUGCCCCUGUAACCCCAUCAGGUCCAGCAAGCAGUGGCUCAGGCCUCGGCAAUGUAGGAGCUGUUGGUUCAGCUGUUAGUGGCUGUACUGGCACGGUUGGGGGUGGAAACAUCGAGGUCGGUCUUCUCGGAUUGACAGGAGAAAGCAGUGGCCCUGUUGUCGGUGCUAGUGGCGCAUGCACUGGUUCUUCAUCUGCUGGUUCUCGGGCUGCUUCGGGCCGCUUCUCUUCUGGUUGGACUGAUCUGCUAACCUGUUUAAUAGCUGCAUUACUUGAGCAUGCGCUAGUCGACCUAGAUACUACUUCCAUGGCUCCAUCACUGCCAGGCGACGAAUCCGAAAUGGCUGGAAAAAAUGGAGUCGUGUUAGCCAUCGAUGAGCUGGUUGAUCGUCUCCGACGGACUUGUCCGGCCUUGUUUGCUCACGAGGACGCCCUAUGCACCAAAGCUGAUGAAUGUUUGGUUCAGGUCAGAAUGAUAUUUAUCGUUGAAAUUAUCUACUAG